AUGUCCCCGCAAAAGCGACGGACAUGCUGCGGGCGUCGCGCUGCCACUGCAGCAGCACUGCUGCUGAGUGCCUCCCAGCGUCUAAGCCAAAGCCUGGUGCAGAUCAAGAUCGCACCAACGACACGCACCUCGCUACGGGCAGAAGCUCCGAAACCACCAGGCCGUGAGUCCUCCUUGACCAGCGCUUUGGGAGCCCCUGAGCUUUGGAUGCCCUCGAGUCCUUCCGACUCCAAGAUUGCAAACAGGAAGGAAGAGGCCUUUACAGCUCAAGCUGUCUUGGAAUGCGCGAAGAGUGGAGAUGGCCGUCGAGCAGCACGAUGGCUCGAGGUAAUGCUGAGCAGGGGCCUCCUGGAGGAAGAGAGCUCCAGUUUGGUUUUCUGUGCCGUGGCACAAGCUCUGGCACAGCAGGGCUUUGGCGUGGCUGCCAGCCGAUACCUGCAGCGCUGCAUGGACAUGGGCCAGACGCCGGAGGCUGAGGUUUUCCGAAGAGUUCUUCUCGAGCUUGAGCAAGGUGGAGCCACAGAUGACGCGAAUGAUUUCGUGCUGUUGCAUGAGCAAAUGCGACUUGCUGGCCACCUUCCAGAUCUCGACUGUUGCAAAGCUGUUCUGCGCAGCUUAGGUGAGGCGAACGAAAGCCUGGAUGCUGCGGUAAGGUGGGUUGAGAACGAGAUGCCGUCAUGUGGCGUAGAACCGGACGAUGAAGCCUUCGAAAUCCUAUUCCACGCCUGUCGGCGAGAAGGCCGUCCUGAAAGAGCAAGAGGCUGGCUCGAACGAAUGAGGACCCGCGCGGAAGCGGAGCAGAGUCCUCAGUGCAUUGUGCGAGUGCUGCAAGAGGAGCUUCAGUCGGAGGAGGUGGAUGCUUUGGAGCUUUGGCUUUCGGAGCCCAAGCUCCAAGAGCUCCAGAGGUGCCGGCCCCUGGCCCGCCGCCUUCUCACCAGGCUGGCUGAGACAUCCCCGCAGCAAGCCGAGGACUGGCUCGACAGGUUGCUGUCUGCGGGCCUUGAAGCCGACAGGAUGUGCUACUCCUGCAUUGCGAAAGCUUGGCUGGAAACCGGCGACUCGAGCCGAUCCGCUGCCAUGGUGGACCGGAUGGUGGCAGCAGGCUUCUUGCCAUCGCGCGAGAUGACGGCCGCCGUGUUGCUGGCCGGCUACGACGACGAAAAGCAAGCUGCCACUGAGGCGAGCGCCGACGCCCGGGUCGUAGACCUGGCACAGACCGGUAGGAUCCACGAGGCCGCACAACUCCUUCUCGAAGAGCUUGCGGCCAGCCGGGCGGUGGAGGCCUCCUCCUUCGACAAGCUCAUCGCGGCCUUCGGUGCCAAGGGUUACCCAGAGGAGGCCACAGAGUGGUUUCACAGAAUGGCCGCGUGCGGCUUGAAGCAAGGCGUCCAGGCGAGCUCUGCCUUGGUGACAGCUUGGGCCGUGAGCGGGAACCCUGCCAAAGCCGCGGAGGUUCUCAAAGAGCUCGAAGAUCAAGGCAAGAAUUUGGACCAGUACGCCUACACAAGCGUCAUCAGUGCCUUUGCUGAUGCAGCGAAUGCCACCGCCUCCCAAGCCCCUCGACCUUUGUUCAUGAAGGAGCGACUUCAUAGCUUCUGCUUGUGUCUGUCUACCUGA